CUUGGAAUAACCCAGCACGACCUCCUGCUGUUCCGAGCGGCAGUCAGCUAGACAAAUAGGUUGCCUUGCAGUGAGCAGCAUCUCUCGAUUGACACCAGAGAAAAAGGAAUUUCUUGGAGGCGAAUAACGCUGGCCACACCCGGUUAGCAAAGCGCUAAGUGCGAUUCGUCUGAGCAAAUCGCUGAGUGUGUGUGCCUGUGUGUCUGUGUGUCUGUGUGGUGGUGGAGGAGGAGGAGGCCUUUUGUGAGGGGGCCAGAAGCUAUUGAUCCCGGCGAGUGACGCUUCUCCCCCUCCCCCCAUCUUCUUCCAGUGCAGUUUGAGGCGGCUGGACACUAAGCAUGGACUCGUAAGCGAUCUCUCUGUCGAUUGCGAACUUAUUUAAACUCACGGAUCACUCUUAACUCCUCUCCAAAAAGCUAAACAGGAGGGUCAAGAUGAGGCUUCCUCGCGAUGUGGCUGCCGAGGCUACAGGGCCAGGGGAGCCUGGCGAAUCAGUCAACAGUACCAAGGGACCCGAACUAGACACGGUAGAAACGGUAGAACCUUCGUUGAGUCCUACCGAAGCCGAAAUAAAAACGGUAGAACCGACGAUGGGUAUUACUGAGGCCGAAAUGAAAACGGUAGAGCCUGAAGAAUCAACGAUGAGUUUUACAGAGGCCGAUAUACCCGAGGCAGAGGAAUUGCCCACGGGUCCGCCUACCAAGUCAACAGGCGAGGUCAUCCAGGAGGAAAUGAUGGAGCAGGCGGGCAUACUGGCUGAGAAGAUGGGCAUGCCCGUCGAAGGCCUCAUCGCUAUUCUGGUCGGAAUCGGCAUCGUCAUUCUGGCCAUCUGCCUCUGUUGCAUUCGGCGAUGCUUCAAGAAACGACGCACCAAGAAAAAAGAUGGAAAGGGAGGCGACAUGAAAUCCGUACAGCUGCUGGGAUCUGCAUACAAAGACAAGGCUGAUAUGGAAGAACUGGCGGAAAAUGCAGAGGACAUCGCCGAAGAGGGAGAGAGUAAGAAGAGCGAAGAGAAGCUCGGUCGUUUAAAUUUCAAGUUGGAGUACGACUUCAACAGUAACAGCUUAAGUGUCACUGUUAUUCAGUGCGAGGAGCUGCCUGCCCUCGACAUGGGCGGUACCAGUGAUCCUUACGUCAAGGUGUACCUGUUACCAGACAAGAAGAAAAAGUUCGAGACCAAAGUCCACAGGAAGACCUUGAAUCCAGUCUUCGAGGAAACCUUCACAUUUAAGCAGGUCCCCUAUGCCGACAUUAUGUCAAAGACUCUCGUCUUCGGAAUCUAUGACUUUGAUCGCUUCUCCAAACACGACCAGAUUGGAGAAGUCAAGAUACCACUGUGCCAAGUUGACCUCGCCCAGACUAUCGAAGAAUGGCGUGACCUCGUUUCUGUGGAAGGUGAUGGCGGACAGGAAAACAAGUUGGGUGACAUCUGCUUCUCAUUGCGUUACGUCCCAACGGCUGGCAAGCUUACUGUGGUCAUCCUCGAGGCUAAGAAUCUCAAGAAGAUGGACGUCGGUGGCUUGUCAGAUCCUUAUGUGAAGAUCUGCCUAAUCCAGAACGGGAAACGACUGAAGAAAAAGAAGACAAGUAUCAAGAAAUGCACUCUCAACCCUUACUAUAACGAGUCCUUCUCCUUCGAAAUCCCAUUCGAACAAAUCCAGCAGAAAGUGAACCUACAGGUGACUGUUGUGGAUUACGAUCGUAUCGGCACAUCUGAACCCAUUGGUCGCUGUGUGUUAGGAAUGAACGCAUCUGGGACUGAACUGCGUCACUGGUCCGACAUGUUGGCUUCUCCACGUCGUCCCAUCGCCCAGUGGCAUACUCUCAAGGAUCCAGAGGAAGCUGAUGCAAUCCUUAAUCAGAAGUAAACUUUCCAUUAAAAGGUGCAACCAAGUGGGACACUGAAUCACUGUAAGAUGGCCACGAGAAAAAUGAGGAAGGCCCCGCCCAAGACUUCAAGCUAUCUUUGGAUACUUUCAUUAUUAACCACAUGUAUUGUACAGCAAAUUAAUAAUCAAGAUAUGAGCAGUUUUAGAUGUUAGUAUUCAGUAGGGAGAGAAUUCAUAUACUGUAUCAAUGAUAUUAUGCUGAAUCAGCUGUGUUAUUCAUAUCAUGAUGGGAUGUACAUAGAACCUGCUAUGUAAGACCUUCAUUACUCAUAAUUCUUCUUCUGGAUACCAAUGGAAAUUCUCUAGAGAAGUUUGAUACUACAGUAGUUGCUGGUACUUUACUUACACUAGUUAAAAGGUGAUUUAUGCUGUUAUAUCACUAAGGUAAUUAUAAGCUAUGCGCCAUUAAGCCAUCUUAGAUUUUUUAGUCGUCAGCAAUUUGUAACUUGAAAAUAGAAGACAUCUACGUACUACAAGUGGGGAAAAUCUUAGGCCAUCUUACAAAGUCCAUGAAUGUGAUCUCGUGGAACAAACUUCAAUGAAAAUCUGACCUGUCUCAAACUAUUCAACAACUGAUGUACUAUAUAUAAUAGCACCAUAAAAUCAUCUCAAGGAUUUUAUAAUAAAAAAGAAAAAACAAUCUACUCAUCAAAUCAAAUUCUUACACAGCUCUUCACUGUCAGCUCUGACGAUUCUAAAAAAAUCUUUAGCCUUUCUAGAGGUCUAACUAACUUCGGUCUUUCUGGGGCCUGGAAUCUCUAUGGUCUCAAGUAGAUCACUAUCAUACUUUAGGUAUUGUCUUGUAUCUCACCCGCGUCUCCUAUGGUGUCCCGACGAUAUCUUCUUAUCGCCUUUCUGGGAUCCGAGAGAGGGCCUUACUCAGACAAACAACACCAGUCUAGUCGCAGAGUUCAGCUGUCCAGAAGUAAAAAGCUCUCUUUGGCACUUGAAAGAGUUAGCUCUUUGCAUACUGAUGGGCGAAGGAAUUCUCCGUGUCUACUUUCUGGGGUUGGUUGCCUGGGAAGGUUUACUUUCUUUGGACUCGGCAAAAGCUAUUUUGUUGAAUAGUGAGAGUAGUCGAUGUUGUUACUGUUAUUUUUUUUUUUUCAUUCUUGGAUUCUGUUUUUACACUGAGUAGUUUUUCUCGUUCCUUGAUGCAUCAAGGCAGCACUGCAGUUAAGGAUGCAUCCUGGCUUAAACCAAAGAAUAAACUUAAGAAGACAAAUAGUGAAAAACUAACCUUGUGGUUUCUACAUUUCAUUAGGGCUUAUAAUAAUAAUAGUGUUCAUGUGGAUAAACUUUGCCUGGUCCAGUCAAAGUUUGUCCAAAAAAUUUCAUCAUUAAGUGUUUUAACAAAUGAAAAAUAAACAAAAAAAAUUCACAAUUGACUUAUGAUCUAUAACUGCCUUAAAAUAGGGGACAUUGAAUUUACAUUCUCUUUCAUUCAGGGUAAAAGAGAGAGAGAGCUAGAGAGAGAGAGUCAAAAUCUGAGGAGUGUGUGCUGUUUAUACAAUAAUUUUAAAGCUUCUUUGCAUCAACCACACAAAAAACUUGUGAAUCUGGAAUAAGUGAAUGUCAAUAAUCUCUGAAAACCAUCACUUUCAGUACACUUUAGAGAAGCCGAAAAGACAGUUUCUUACAAGCAAUUUUUCUCCAUAUCUUGAUCAUUAUUCCACAAGACAAGUAGAAGAGGAUGAUGACGAUGUAGUGAAAACAAAAAUAGUUUUUGGAUACAAAGCUUCGAUUUCGUUCUGAUUUGAGUGAACUGAAACUCUUCUCUGUUCAUAUUUGUAUUCUGUAUCAUGCUGUGUGAGAAAGGAACACCUUCAUCUCAAUCCGUUUGCAACGUAGCAUUUGCCGUAGAAGUUGAGUUACGCUUUCAUGACGUUUUUAUGUAGAAGAAGAACUCAUUCAUUAGUUUUAUAUGUCUGCUGUGUUAUUAUAUUUCCGGGAAGUAAAUGUUUAUAUUAAUAAAGGAUACAUCGGUGUGUAUGUAUUCAUCUUCAUAUAUAAACAUUGACAGUGUCCUGUUAUGCCACGAUAGUGUACAGACGUGUAUCAUAACUGUGGGUCUUGACCGCAGGAUACCCAGACAUAAUAUGUAUGGCUGACCAAACCACCUUAUAUUUUUCGUCUCUUUUUUCAUGAAUUCAUAUGUAUAGACUGAACUUCUAUAGAUAAGCCGUGGAUUCCUGGUGCCAUAUGGAAUAAUAAUUUACAUGUUCAUUGUUUAAUCCUUCAUGAAGGGUUAUAAUCCUAUGAUAGUGUAUGUUUUAUCAAACCCUGUGAUUUGUUGGGUCAUGAAUACAAUUAUCAUUAUUAUUAUAAUUAAUGAUACUGUUGAGCCUUUCAAUUAGUAAUAGAAUCAAUAUUAAAAACAAAAAGUUUAAAAAAGACAAAAAAAGAUAGUAUACAAAAGUGACAACUUUAGCAUGGAGUGGGGAUGCUUAUGACCAUUGAGUUGACUCAUUUCCUUCUUGUACAGCAUGAAACCCACACUCUGUAUAGGAUUUGCAACCAAUAUUAGGAUCUCAUCAGGACUUUCAUUGUGUAAACAAAUAAAUCUCUUGGCUUAACAUGUACGCCUUCGUGAUGAUCAACAGGUUCAUUUCAUCUAAUAUCUCUCAUUGUUGCCUGUGUUCUGUCAACUUGAGAAACUUGAAGAGAUCGCAGGAGACACCACAUAAAUUCAAUGUGAGUAAGGUCCUAGUCGACUUUUGGCACUCUUUCAACUCAGCUAAGAUACCAAUUACUACCUGGGACCUUUAAAGCACAAGAUUACUCGGCAGGACCUAAAUCAUUUGUUAAAUCUUAACACUGCAAGGGUUGCUGUCCGUUUCGUCAGUGAGUGUGUCAUAUAAAGAGGUCUACGCAUUACAAAGCCAAUAUCCGUAGUAUCUUUUGACUCAUUGAAAAUUCAUCUCCUUGCCAUCUCUUUUCACGCGAUGAAAUAAUCCUCUUGAUGGGACACGAAGUCAGGCUUUCUAUGCGUUUGUAAAUGAACAACCUGUGCCGAUAAUUUUAUAUCAAAAAUGAGUCUGAAAAUCUAUGAAUCCAUAUCCAUCGACAGUAACUACAGUUUCAAGAAAAUUCCAAGUCCAGUCCAGUUGAUCAUAGAUUUGGUUCAUGCUCGCCGAAAGGAAGGAAGGAAGGAACCAUUCCCAAUUCAAGAUGGUAACUCCUUGCAUAUAAUAUUCUUUCGAGAUUUAUUCAAAAGCCCAACAUGAAAACAGACCUAAAGAACAAAUAUCUUCCAGUAUUUAACAUUCUUAAAUUUCCUAAAUUAGCAGAAGUGAGUGCAACUCACUAAGAUCAUCAUAUCUAGGAUCUUGUGAAUCAGCUCUGGACCAGGCAUGGGGCAGUGUGACCCAAAUUAGGGACAAAAAGUAACAAGUGAGCAUUUCUAGAGGCUCAGAAGGCUUGAGUCAGAGGAUAGCUCUCUUAUGUAAAAAAUUCAUCAGGGACUCCCAAGAGCUUUCCGGCGGGGUGCCAUCCUUUGCCUUGAUCCUACCAAUCCUUUAUCUCACCCUCACAUUCUGGCUUUGCAUUCUCUAUAUUUCUAUUUCUCUCUCUCUCUCUCUCUCUCUUUCUCCCACAGUCUGUCUCUCUUACCCAUCUUCUCUCCCAGAAUCCAUUUCAACCUCUUUCUCUUUACAUUUUCAUUUCCUUUCUGGCUUGAUUCCAGAGAACACUAAUGCCUGGAAUCUCUCUCUCUCUCUCUCUCUCUCUCUCUCUCUCUCUCUCUCUCUCUCUCUCUCUCUCUCUC